UUGCCAAUAUAACAUACACACACCCUUCAAAGUCUCUUUUUCUCUCUCUCUCUAAAACAUAAGUAAAAUAGUUUCUCACUCUAAAAUGAAUGAAUACAUAUAAUCACCGCCGUCAAUUGUUUCAUCUUUCCCCGAUUGUUAGGAGUGGGAUAACCAGUUCAGUUUUGAAAAAGCUUGGUUAAAAUAUGGUGUUAGAAUUAGACCUCACCCUGAAGCUCAAUCAGAGCGAACCGUUGCCGGAAUACAUGACUGAAACCGAUAAUCAGUACUGCUCGGGUGGUGCAACCUCGGUUAUCAAUGUCGAUACGUUGAGUAACGCGGGAGACAAAGACAAUGCUUAUUCGUGUUCAAAGAUGGAGUACAGUUUCGAUAUACUUAAAAAGAAUAGUCUAGAAGAUGUGAUAAUUAUGUCAGAGAAUGUUGUAACUAAGCCGCUUUUCCCGGAGAUUGGUGGAGAUAGUUGCUUAAGGACUAACAAUAAGUGGCUGGAAAUGAAUGGUGGUGGUGUGGUUGAUGAUAGGGAACAACAUUAUCAGCAGUACAGUCAGCAGAUUAAGAAGAGUAGGAGAGGACCUCGAUCUCGGAGCUCUCAGUAUCGUGGCGUUACGUUUUACAGGAGAACGGGCCGUUGGGAAUCUCAUAUUUGGGAUUGUGGGAAGCAGGUUUAUUUAGGUGGAUUUGAUACUGCACAUGCUGCUGCAAGAGCAUACGAUCAGGCUGCCAUUAGAUUCCGCGGACUUGAUGCUGAUAUUAACUUCAAUGUUAAUGAUUACCAUGAAGACCUUAAGCAGAUAAAGAACUUGACAAAAGAAGAAUUUGUGCAUGUUCUUCGUCGUCAAAGCACUGGGUUCUCUAGAGGUAGUUCAAAGUAUAGAGGGGUUACCCUUCACAAAUGUGGCCGUUGGGAAGCUCGAAUGGGCCAACUUCUUGGGAAGAAGUACAUCUACCUUGGACUGUUCGAAAGUGAAAUUGAAGCUGCAAGGGCUUAUGACAAGGCUGCUAUGAAAUGGAAUGGAAAAGAAGCAGUCACCAACUUUGACCCUAGCUCAUAUGAUGGGGGGCAAACCCCUAAGGAAAAGAAUGAUGCCACCGUUCAGUCUAUGGAUUUGAACUUGGGUAUUGCUCCCCUCUCUUUUAUAGGCGGUAAUAAUGCAACUGCCUCUACUAUAUCAUUGGGACCUCAAGUACCUCUUGUCCACCCUCCUGGCUGGAGCAGUGCAACUUUCCCUUUUUUCUCGGUUUAUCAGGGAACAACAACAAAGAAAAGUGAAGACUGUAAUUCUUCCGUGUAUUGGCCAUGGCAAGUCCACGAUACUUGUGGUGGAUCCAACCCUGCUUCACCCUUUUUCGCUAGUGCGGCAUCAUCAAGAUUCGGUGCUGCUCAUCAUGAACCUCGCUUUUUGACUUCACCUCGUUCUCACCAUCACAACAAUUCACCUAAUCUCACACCCAUGUAUCACCACAGAAACUGAAGAUUUAAGCAAAUCGAGCACACAUCCGCAUUCCAAGCACUUAUUCAAAGUAAUAUAUAAAUGAAGUUGUAAUUCAUUUAUUGUACUUUAUAGGCGCUAUAUUGCUAUC